ACUUGGGGAUUGAAUUCAUGGAGAGUGAAGAAGUUUAUCAAAGGCAGGUGCUGUCAAUUUCAUGUAUCAUCUUUGGAAUUGUCAUCGUGGGCAUGUUCUGUGCAGCGUUCUACUUCAAAAGCAAGAAACAAGCUAAACAAAUUCAAGAGCAGCUGAAAGAGCCACAUAAUGGUAAAAACUACAGUCUCAAAACAUCUAGCACAAUGGCAAAGUCCGAAAACUUGGUGAAGAAUCAUGUCCAGCUGCAAAAUUAUUCAAAGGCGGAAAGGCAUCCUGUGACUGCAUUGGAGAAAAUGAUGGAGUCAAGUUUUGCCGGCCCCCAAUCAUUCCCAGAGGUCCCUUCUCCCGACAGAGGAAGCCAAUCUGUCAAACACCACAGCAGGACCCUCUCCUCUUGCUGCAGUCCAGGGCAAAGGAGUGGUAUGCUCCAUAGGAAUGCCUUCAGAAGGACACCCCCAUCACCCCGAAGUAGGCUGGGUGGACUCGUGGGACCAGCAUAUCAGCAACUGGAGGAAUCAAGGAUCCCAGACCAGGAUACGAUACCUUGCCAAGGGAUAGAGGUCAGGAAGACUAUAUCCCACCUGCCUCUACAGCUGUGGUGUGUUGAAAGAUCCCUGGACUUAAAGUACUCAGCCAAUGGUUUAACAACCCAACAAAAUGCAUCAAUAAAUAUGCAACUGCCUUCAAGAGAGACAAACUCCUAUUUUAAUAGUUUGGAGCAAAAGGACCUGAUGGGAUAUUCAUCCCCAAGGGCCAGUUCCGUGCCCAUCAUCCCUUCAGUGGGUCUAGAGGAAACCUGCAUGCAAAUGCCAGGGAUUUCUGAAGUCAAAAGCAUCAAAUGGUGCAAAAACUCCUACUCUGCUGAUAUUGUCAAUGUGAGUAUUCCAGUCAGCGAUUGUCUUAUAGCAGAACAACAAGAAGUGAAAAUAUUGCUAGAAACUGUCCAGGAGCAGAUUCGAAUUCUGACUGAUGCCAGGCGGUCAGAAGACUACGAACUGGCCAGCGUAGAGACCGAGGACAGUGCAAGUGAAAACACAGCCUUUCUUCCCCUGAGUCCCACAGCCAAAUCAGAACGAGAGGCACAAUUUGUCUUAAGAAAUGAAAUACAAAGAGACCCUGCAUUGACCAAGUGACUCGAGAUGUAGAAAUCUGUGCAUUCUAUGCUUUGCUCAACAGGAAAGAGAGGAGAUUAAAUACAAAUUAUUUAUAUGCAUUAAUUUAAGAGCAUCUACUUAGAAGAAACCAAAUAGUCUAUCGCCCUCAUAUCAUAGUGUUUUUUAACAAAAUAUUUUUUUAAAGGGAAAGAAACGUUUCAGGAGGGAUAAAGCUUACAACUAAAGCUUUUGGGUAGAAUUCUGAAUACAAUUUCAGUUAGUCCCAACACUGUCCUCUUUGGCUCUUAGUAGAUGUGAGCAAUUCAGACCCUCAGCCCCACAGCGCCAGUGGCCUCAUAAAAAGUGCUGGCAGUUGCCCAGUUUCAAAGAGAAGAGAUGUGUGCUGAGGCCGGACGUGCCAGUGAGCAGGUGGCCCUUGCCAUGUGGCUUGCCAAUCCCAAACCCUAAAUCUCUAUUCACUCGACAGCCUCAUCACAGGUUAUGUCAUGUCAACCAAUGUAAUAUUUUAUACUUACUUUUUGAAGAAUGGCACAAAGACUCUGGAAGGAGAGGAACAGAAGAUAGAGGGCAUCAUGGGGCAAUCUUAGCCACUCUUAUGUGCCAGCUUCCUCCAAAAUUUGAAGGCACAGAAUCUCAGAGGGAGGUAGGAAAUUACUAUAGAAAAAGAGACAAAAACAUCACAAAUGUCGUGUCACUAAAAUCAUGCUAAUAGAAAUGUUUUUCUUUGAGAUUGUUUUAGGGGGCUCCAAAGGAGCAUUUCUCAGUGUGUGUGUGUGUGUGUGUGUGUGUGUGUGUGUGUGUGUGUGUGUAUGUGGGGGCCUGCUCACUCGAGCACCGGUAUGCUGUAUGCACAUAUGUUCAUUGUGCGUAUGUGUGUGCAUGUGUGUGUGUAUUCAGCUUGCUAAAAAUUUGUUGAAACAUCAGGGAAUCUAAUAUUCAGAAGAAAAAAAAAUUUCCCUCGUAGAUCUGUUCACUUUCAAUUUUUUCCAUUAAGUAGAAAGUUCAGUUAGUAAAUCAAGGUCACUUGCAUGGUGGGGUCCUACAAAACUCUUGACAGUGUCUAGACCAUUUUCUGAUGUGAAUCUUUUUGAGAGAAACAACUAUUGGCUCAUUAAUGAUAUCAGUAUCACAAGGCAAGUUGGGGAUGUGUACCUAUUCUGAGUCAUGCAUACUUAAAUUAUUUAUACAAGCCAAUGAUCAAAUUGAUGGUUACCCUUUGCUUUUUCAUCAUCCUCAUUACUAUUUAUUUUAUAGCAAGUCUGCCAUGUGUGGACCAAGACAUUGGCUUCUGUGGUUAAUAUGGAAAGAAUAAAUUGUUGAAGUCACAAAGCCCAGCCUAUUCAGUUCACAGGAAGUCCCCCAAAGAACAGUAAAUUGUGCUGUAUGUUCAUUUGGAAUAAAGCAAUAUUUUUACCACUGCUAAGGUGAACUGAAACUUCUCCUGAAGAUUUGUCUGUUUUAUUUACCCUUCUUUUCAUGGGGCAACCAAGGAAAUUAGUGUUCACAUAACCAGUCUUUUUCCAAUUAUCGAUGGUGUUGAGUUGUUAUGUUUACACUGUUUUAAAUAAAAAGGCACAGUAUUUGAAAGUA